CCCAUUCUUUGCUUUUUGUCUCCAGCCCUGGAUGCAGAUCUACGAUUUGCACUGGGCAACUGUCCCAUUCAGGACAUUGAAGGUCGCUGCGUGGUCUAUGUCCAUAAGGUCCUUAAUGCAAACAAAGAUAAAGAAAAAAGAUGGGUGUAUUUACAACUGCAGCCUCAGUCAGAGGUCGAAACAUCAGAUCAUAUCAGUCUGAGAAAUGCACCCACCCAUGGAGAUUUAUUAUCAGAGCUGUGUUCCAGCUUCCUCCCUGGUCCUGUCACUUCCUGCCAACUUCUGCUCUACACCACGACGACUGAGUGCGAUCCUCGUCAUGGUUACACUGCAAUCAGAAGGCGGGGCUAUGCUGACUCUCUGUGCCAGCAGAUCAGAGCCUACGUGGAGCAGAGAGACCAACAGUACCCCCUAGUGGUGACAGGGGGGCCAUGCACAGGGAAGACCGUGUUGAUAGCACACUGUAUUCAGCAGAUAAAGUCCUGGGUAACAGACAGCCAUCCUGUCCUGAUCAGUUAUUUUUGCAAUCUGUCAAUCAACAAAUCUCCAAAGCACCUGCUGUCCAGUCUGUGUUCUCAGAUUGCUUGCAGAUACGACUAUCAGUCUUCCAUGAAGCAGAAUCCCAGCUUCAUCAUUAGCAGUGACCCAGACAGUCCCAGUUGCAUUACCAGCCACAGUGAGCUUAUAUCCAACUGCAGCCCAACAUCUAUUCUGGAUUGUCAUCAUGAAGGCAGCACCAAAGAGCAAGUCUCUUACUGUAGCAAUGAGCUCAGUACCAAACCAUACCAAGAUCUUAGAAGACCUAACUCUGACACUAGUCUGUCUGAACUUGAAGAGCAUCUUGCAUCACUCCUUACCCUCCUCCCUUCCUCCAAACAGCCUCUCAUUCUAAUCCUUGAUGGCUUGGAUCAACUUGAAAACAGCUGCAAUGAGCAGAUAAUAAGGAGCCUUCCCUCCUCUCUGCCUCCAGGUGUCAAACUCAUCCUCACGAUUUCUUCCAACCGAGCACGUCUCCUGCAAGCCAUCAAACUACAUUAUCCACAAGGCAGUGGACAGAAAACAGGAUCUGUCUGUGCACAGCUGGGAUCAGUGGAAAGGAAACAGUGUGUGAAGAUGUUGGCGCCACUGCUGAGAGGUUCAGGGAGGAAGGUGACAUCGGGACAACAGGCACUGGUGAAGCAGGCAUUGACUUCCUGUUGUCUGCCUCUCUAUGCUCGACUCCUGCAUGCACACACCUCACUGUGGCACUCUGGUACGACCAUACUAAAAUUACAUCUUCUUAAAGGAUGAUU